UUCAUUAGAAGAGCAACGGCAAAUCUGGCUGAUGCAAACUUUCUAAACUCCAAGGAGGACAAAUGGCUGAGAAACAGACCAAGAGAAAAAGGUCAGACGAAUGUAAACUAAAAAAGAAGGAUUAUGAUAAAUCGAGGGCUAGGAGCCGCUUCAACAUUGGCGAGGCCUUUCAGCGGUGGUGAGACCUCCGAGAGUUAAAAGGCUUGAAGACGGAUGCGGAAGUUGCUCUUUUACUUCUCGAUAGCAAAACCAUCAUGUUUCAUGCACUUCAGCGCUUUACAACAAAUCAUUCGUGGAGUCAUUUGAGGAGACGCCAUUGCUUGUGGCCGUCUUCACCUACAUGGGCUACGGCAUCCUCACCAUUUUUGGAUAUCUGCGAGACUUCCUAAGAGAAUGGAAGUUUGAGAAGUGUCACCUGGCCAGAGAGAGAGAAGAACAGAAGGAUUUUGUUCCACUGUACCAGGACUUUGAGAACUUCUAUACCAGGAAUUUGUACAUGCGGAUCAGAGAUAACUGGAACAGGCCCAUAUGCAGUGUCCCAGGAGCCAAGAUGGACCUGGUGGAGCGGGUCACACAUGACUACAACUGGACCUUUGAACAUACAGGGAAGGUUCUGAAGGAUGUGAUUAAUAUGGGCUCAUACAACUACCUCGGCUUUGCAGAGAAUUCCGGCACAUGUGCUGAUGCUUCUUCUGAGUGCACUAUGAUGUAUGGUGUGGGGGUGAGCAGCACCAGGCAUGAAAUUGGUAAUCUUGACAAGCAUGAGAAGCUGGAGAAGCUGGUGGCUAGGUUUUUAGGGGUGGAGUCGUCCAUGGUGUUUGGAAUGGGCUUUGCUACAAACUCCAUGAAUAUUCCUGCACUCACAAGCAAGGGCUGUCUGAUCUUAAGUGAUGAGCUCAAUCAUGCCUCUCUGGUUCUGGGAGCUCGUCUUUCUGGCUCCACCAUCCGUGUAUUCAAACACAACAAUAUGCAGAGUCUGGAGAAGCUGCUUCGGGAUGCUAUCGCGCACGGUCAGCCCAGAACCCACCGGCCCUGGAAGAAGAUCCUCAUCCUCGUGGAGGGAAUUUACAGUAUGGAAGGCUCAAUAGUGCGACUUCCUGAGGUCAUUGCCCUGAAGAAGAAAUACAAAGCCUACCUUUAUCUAGAUGAGGCACAUAGUAUCGGGGCACUAGGAGCGAGAGGCAGAGGUGUGGUGGACUAUUUCGGUCUGGAUCCAGCUGAUGUUGACAUCAUGAUGGGCACAUUUACCAAGAGCUUCGGUGCUGCUGGAGGAUACAUUGGAGGAAAGAAGGAGCUGAUUGAUUACCUGCGCUCACACUCUCACAGUGGAGUUUACGCUACCUCAAUGUCCCCGCCCGUCACUCAGCAGAUUAUCACUUCUAUGAAGUGCAUUAUGGGAGAGGAUGGCACAACGUUAGGUCAGGAAAGACUUCGUCAGUUGUCAGAAAACACAACCUACUUUCGCAGGAGACUCCACGAGAUGGGCUUUAUCAUCUAUGGGAACAAUGACUCCCCUGUUGUACCCUUGAUGCUUUACAUGCCAGCUAAAAUCGGAGCGUUCGGGCGGGAGAUGUUGAAAAGGAACAUUGGUACAGUGGUAGUUGGGUUUCCCGCCACACCCAUCAUUGAGUCACGAGCACGUUUCUGUGUCUCUGCCGCCCACACCAGAGAGAUGCUCGACACCGCUUUAAACGCCAUCAGUGAAGUGGGGGAUCUACUCCAGCUGAAAUACUCGCGAAACAACAGACCUGGGGACGAAGAGACUGACUAUUUCUCAUACCUGGAGAGCCACCAGGACUAGCACUUUCCCAGCCCUCAUGACGAACUGACUUCAUCUAACCUCCACCAAUACUUUCCACCCCAGAGUGACAUGUUCUUUCUGUUUUGUCUGUAUAACUUAUUUUUCAUUUUUAUAGUGUUCAUUUCUGUGGGCUUACACUGAUUGAAGCCCACUGAUUGACCAUAUUUCAAGUCUUACCUCUAUGGUCAGAAGUCACAAUUCAUUUUAUUGUGCAAUAUCAACAGUAAAUAAGACUUCAUAUCACUGUGUUUUUAUUCCAGUAUGACACAAAAUAGAAGUUAAAGGAACAGUUCUCACAAAAAUAAAAAUUCUGUCAUCAUUUAGUCAUCCUCAUGUCGUUCCAAACCCAUAUGACUUACUUUCUUACAUGGAAAAUGAAAUGUACUGAAGAAUCUUUACACUGCUCUUUUUCAUACAGCAAAAGAGGACAAUGAUUUUUACAGUCAAGAUCCAAAAAUGACAGGAAAGCACCAAAAAAGUAGUCCUUAUGUGCUAUAUUCCAAGUCGUCAGAAGCCAUACGGUAGCUUAGUGUGAGGAACAGACCAAAAUUCUUCAAAACAUAGCUCUCAAAUCUCAUUUUCCAACUGGCCCGCAAUUGCUUUUGCAUUCCUUGUACAAACUGACACUACACAUCUGAAGGCAUUGUUUUUUUAAUUGAGCAUUAGCGCAAAUGAGAUUUGACUAAUGUUGCAAAGGGGGAUUAUUUGUGAAUAAUGCCUUAAAUUAAAUAUCAUAUGGCUUCACAAAGCUUAGAAUAUAGUGCACAAAUCAUAUUGCCCACUUUUAUUAUGCUUUUUGGUUACUAUGAACUGUUAUUAAAUGGAAAAGAACUGCAUGAACCUUCAUCAAAAUAUCUUCUUUUUUUUAUUCCAAAGAAGGAAGAAAAUAUUACAGGUUUGAAAUGACAUGAGGGUGAGUAAAUAACAUAAUUUUAAUUUGAGAGAACUAAUACUAUCCAUUUUAAAUUUUGUUUUGUUUCGUUUUUUGAGGGGGGAAGACUAACUCAAUACAUUAGUAUUUUGUUUCAGGCAGUUCAACUUUUUCCACAGUUCGAGAGACAAAGUUCUGUCUGCUGAGUAUGAGCUUUUGAGAAGUAUACUAAUUUAUUAUUGUUAAACAGUAAAUAAGAGGGUUACUAUUCAUAUAAAUGUGUAUUUAUAUAAAAAAUAUUUAACAGAUAUUUAUUAAUACACAUUUCAGUAUAUCUGCUUUUCCCUUUUUACAUACUGUACUAUCUUUCUGUUGCUCCACAAAUGUUUAUUCUUUUUCAAAAUGCACAUUUCAUUGUAUAAAUGUGUCAUCAGUGUCUCAAAGACCCUUUUUUUUCCAGCUUUCUGUAAUGGGAAAUUAUUUACCAUUACCAAUGUUGAAUAUAUUUUCUGUAUCUUAAUUUGAUUUAUGUUUUACUUGAAUGUUUUUUUUACUCACUGACGAUUCACUUAUCUAAAAUGUUGUUUUUUUGUAUAAUGUCUAAGCCAAGGCAUCACACAGAGCCAGAAAUCUUUCAUGCCUUUGCGUAAUUUUAAACAAAAAUAGCCUGACAUGGUUCAUAUUUCAAUCUUUCUGUCUGUUGCUACAAACAGCAGUGGAGAGAAAUUAAUGUUGCCUUUUUAUUGUUAGAUAGCUGCUUUUGAGCUCCUGGUUUAAUGUUGAGAGUUAAUGUGAUCUAUUUUUAAGAAUACUUGUCUUGUGUUCCUCACAACUCUGACGGAAAUGCUAAAUACGGGUCACUGAUAUGAAAUGAAGUGCUCUGUUAAGUCUAUGCAUGAUGAUGUGGCUUACGAAUGCCUAUCGGAUGUACUUUUAUUUUCUGUUUUCUGAAGUCUUGUUCUUAAUCGGACAGGCAGCGCUAUAUGUCUCUGGAUGCCCACAUUGUAUGUGAAUGGGACUAUAUGACCUCAGAGCUACUGAUAACUGUUAAGAGAUGCAGAUAUGACGUUGACACAGGCUAUCUUUAUAGACUCAAGUAAAGCAACCGAGCUGCAUUCGACUGCAAGGGCAUUCUGCACUGUUUGUCUCUUACUCAUUUGUAUUUGCUACUUUCAGCAAAUAUUCAUGCAAUCACAAUCGUCACAUAUCCUUUAUUAAGAAACUGUGGCAUUCACUGAAUGUGUCUGAUUAAUCAUUUGUUUUAACUAAUAGUUAAAUAAUAAAAGAACUGGAAAAGUCAA